AUGGAAAUAAGAUCAAUUCAAGAUAAAGCUCUUCUUUUAAAGAUUUCUGACACUUCAAUCUUAGUAGAAUGCCCAAUAAGUAUGUCUUCUCUAUUAAAAAGCACCCCAAUUUCAAUUGAUUCUCAUCAUGAGCCUAUUGUUUAUGAGCAUGCUUGAAUAUCAGACCUAGAUAUCAGCUUAAUUGACCUUGUCUUAAUAUCUAACAUAACUACAAUCCACGCUCUUCCCUACCUAAACACCAAAUUUAACGGGAAAAUCCUUAUGACUGAGCCUGUGUCAACACUUGGGGCCAGUAUAUGUCAAGAAUUAUUAGAAUUCGACGAAGAAUAUAUGAGGACAAUGGCUGGAACAAGCAACUUAUACAGCUCUGAAGACAUAAAAGGGAUAUGGAAAAAGGUGAUCCCGCUAAGUUACAACCAAAUAUAUCAGCUUAGAGAGCUUAAAAUUGCAGCAGUAAGCUCAGGACAUAGCUUAGGUGGAGCCAACUGGAUAUUGGAAUUAGGAAAUCUCACUAUUGGAAUUAUCAGUCAGUCCUGUUUAGACGCUUCUCGAUACCCAGCAGCGUUUAACCAAAGCAUUUUCAACUCAAACAUCAUUAUUUUCACCCCACAGAACACGCCUUCUACAGAGCCAUUUUCAGCUAAAGCCUUAUACAACACUUUUAUAGAGACUUGUAGAUCUUUGGCUUUUCAAAGCUCUAUUGUGGUACCUAUAGAGUCUUGGCAGCUUUUAGACUUGGAAUCCCACGUGCUUUCAGCAGGGACACUAUUUGAUAUUCCUACACUCUGUAUGGCGCCUUCAGCUAACGCCUUUUUCUCAUAUGCAUCUGGAUGCACUGAGUGGUUAAGCCAUGAUUUAAGGAUGAAGGCUUAUAUUCCUCAAAAUUGCUUUAUGUUUGAAGCUGCCAAAGAAAAAGGCCAUUUAGCAGUAUUUCACAACUUAAAAGACGGGUUUGGGGCCAAGCUGAAAUCCCGAUGCAUUUUAUUACUUUCUCAUUCAAGCUUAAGACUUGGAGAAGCAGAUUACGUUAUUUCUCAUCUUUCGAGAAAAGGGUUUAACAAUGUAAUGGUGCUUGUAGAUGGGCAGUAUAGAGAUUCUGCUCUUCCCCCUUUUCAAAAUGCAGGAAUUUUGCAAAAUUUUGAUAUAAAAAGCUGUUAUUUAAAUGUUGGGCUGGUUUUAGGGGAAAUUGAAACAUGCUUGGAAAACACGAAAGCGGAUACUAUUUUGAUUCCGAAAAGCUUUGAAGGGCUUCUUAAUAUUAGAAAGCUUAAAUAUUAUGAAGAUGCACAAGUCUGCACGGUGAACGCAAGUCCUACUUUAUUUAAAAUACAUGCAAAUUGUCCAGGAGAAGUUUGCCCAGUGGUUGGAACACUGGAUUUAAAAAAUUACAAAUAUGUAGCUAGUUUGCAAGAUAGAAUUCGGCUGAUAAGAGAAAAGCUUUAUAAUAGAGGACUGGAGUCCAGCGUGAAGUUUUACCAAACCAAAUGUGUGUUAUAUGCUCCGGACGGAGAAAUAAUUUUCAAAGGAAAGCGAAUUAUUGUGAAAGCUAACACAAAUGAGCUGAGAAAAAGCCUUUAUGCUUUAUUAAACAAUUAA